AUGAGUGAGAAAGAUUCUUGUAUAAGACAGGAUGACAGUGAUGGUGAAUCUGUAAAUGGUGACGAAAAUGAUGAUAUCUGUGAUGGUCAUGACCUGAGUGACUUCGAUGAUAGUGAGGAUAAUCGCAGCUUUAUAACUGUUGGUAUAUGUGCACAAUGGAAAAAAGUCAAAGCAAAACCCAUGGAAGAAAUUUUGCAUCGUUUAGACCAAUUUGAAUUUAUUCGUUUAAUUAUUUUUUCCGAAGCAAUGAUACAUGAAAGCCCUAUUGAAGAUUGGCCAUUUUGUCAUGUUUUAAUUAGUUUUCAUAGUAAAGGUUUUCCAUUAGCUAAAACACAACAAUAUGCACGUCUUCAUGAACCAUUUCUUAUUAAUGAUCUUGAUAAACAAUGGGAUAUUAUGGAUCGUAUUAAAGUACAUGAAAUACUUAAAGAUGCUGGAAUAGCACAACCACGUUAUGGUAUUGUUAGACGAACUAUGGAUGCUGAUGGAACCUGGCAAACAUUGUCUAGUGUUAAUGAGCAAGAUGAUCAAAUUGAAAUCGAUGGUGAAAUAUUUCAUAAACCAUUUGUAGAAAAACCUGUGUCAGCUGAAAAUCAUGAUGUUUAUAUUUAUUUUCCAUCAUCAGCUGGUGGUGGCUCACAAAGAUUAUUUCGAAAGAUUGGUAGUCGAAGUAGUGUAUAUACAUCAGAGAAUAGUGUUCGUAAAGAUGGUUCAUACAUUUAUGAAGAAUUUAUGCCAACAGAUGGUACAGAUGUUAAAGUAUAUACCGUUGGUGCUGAAUAUGCACAUGCUGAAGCAAGAAAAUCACCAGGACUUGAUGGUAAAGUUGAACGAGAUGAAUUUGGUAAAGAAGUACGUUAUCCAGUUAUAUUACGUGCUGAUGAAAAAUUAAUUGCUAUGAAAAUAUGUUUGGCAUUUAAACAAGCUAUAUGUGGUUUUGAUUUACUUCGUACUGAAGGAAAAUCAUUUGUAUGUGAUGUAAAUGGUUUUAGUUUUGUUAAAAACAGUACUAAAUAUUAUGAUGACUGUGCAUCGAUUCUUGGACAUAUGAUACUGCGUGAACUUGCACCAACAUUUGCUAUUCCAUAUCCAAUAGAUUACCAACCUGAUGAUCCACCUUUUGUACCAACUGCACUGGGUACAAGAAUGGAACUUCGUUGUGUUAUUGCUGUCAUUCGACAUGGUGAUCGAACACCAAAACAAAAAAUGAAAAUGGUUGUUCUUCAUCCAUUGUAA